GGGGCCCUUUCCUCCCCACACCGAGGGUGGGAUUGUGGGGAGCCCUUCCCUCCCCACACCGAGUGCGGGAUUGUGGGGAGCCCUUCCCUCCCCACACCGAGUGCGGGAUUGUGGGGGUCCCUUUCCUCCCCACACCGAGGGCGGUUUGGGGGAGAGUCCCGUCCCUCCCCUCACGGCGGUCCCGGGGGUUCGGCGGUCCCGUCCCUCCCCUCACGCGGCUUUCCGGGCCCGGGCGGUUCCCGCUGUCCCCGCGGAGCCUCACGGGGGUCCCGCCCCGGCCCCGCCGUUCCGGGAGCCACUAACGGCCCCUCGUCCUCCGCAGGGCCGCGGUCCCGGAGCCCCCGGCGGUCCCAGAGCCCCCGGCGGUCCCGGAGCCCCGGCGGUCCCAGCACCCGGACCCUAACACCUGGGAAUUGCCUUUUUCCACCUGAAGCUCGACCAUGACAGACCAAGAGUUUGUUCUCUGCAAGUGGAAGAGGCGUUUGUGGCCAGCCAAGGUUUUGUGCCAACCUGAAGUUGCUGGGAGCAGUCCCGUUGCCACCACGAAAAGGAUGGGAUUUAAAGCUGAAAUCCUUGGCUUGGAGAGGCAGGUCAGUGUGAGCUCUGCAAACGCUGUUCCCCUCACGGAGGAGAGGAUCAAGGCCAUCGCCUCCACCCUGGAGCAAAAGAAAAGCGUGAGCGAGGCCGUGGAGGAGCUGAGAUAUCGCUGUUCCCUUAAAAUCGCCUUGGAUAUUCUGCACCAGACUGAGUCAGGCGGUCAAACUCCACCUGCAGAGGGAGCAAAUCCCGAAUUUCCCCGGCAGGAAUCCGCCCCCUCCCGCGGCUUCUUCUUGCGCUCUCGCUUUAAAAAAACAGAACCUGAGGCUGCCAAGAGGAAAGGAAAACCCCAAAAGAACUGUGGGGUGAAGGAUGACCCCAAAACCGUGAGCAGGGCGGGUUCUGCGGCUCCUGAGGGGAGUGGAAAAGCACCUGGAGGUGGCACGAACCCUGCCAGAGCACCUGGAGGUGGCACAAACCUUUCCAGAGCACCUGGAGGUGGCACAAACCUUUCCAGAGCACCUGGAAGUGGCACAAACCCUGCCAGGUGCAGUGCCAGGGACUCGUGUGUGGCACCAGCCCCUGACAGCCAAAACUGCCAAAAACCAGACCCCAAAUCGUCACCCAGACAAGAAAAAAUCCAGAGUGGAGUCUCCUGUAAGCCAAAGGCUGGGAGAAGUCAGCAAGGAAGGAAAAGAUUGAGGGAUGAUUCCCCUGAGGAUCAAGCACAGGAGGCUCCUGAGGAGGGGUCUCCACCUAAAUCUGGCACUGUGGAAGCUUCCAGAAAGACAGGAGCUCAGCCUGGGAGAACAUUCCUGGAUUCUUCCUGUGAAACUGCCUCGGAUGAGCUGGAGAGAAGCAUCAGCAGUGAGAGCGAGAGCCUGGCAAAGCAGCUGGAUGGGAGGAGAGAGGCCCAGGGUGGAAAACACCUGGAUGGGGCAGGAGCGGCCUCUGGCACAGACAGGAAAUGCAGGAACCACCCUGGAUCCUCCCCUGGCCCUUCUGGUGCCUUCCCUCAGCCUCAGGAGGAGGAAAACCAAGACCCCUCACAGCAGGCUGGGAGCAAAGCCCCUGAUUCUGAGGAAGAUGAAGGGCUGGAGCCCUCUGGGACAUCUUCCAGGAGAGUUUCCUCGGAGAGCCUUCCUCCUCUGUCCCCUCUGGCCGAUGAAGAGGAGGAAAACUUCCCCAGUGUCCUGUCCCAUCGAGAACCCAAAUCCUUCGAGGAGGGGAUGCUGGUGUGGUGCAAGCUGCGGCGGUAUCCGUACUGGCCAGCGGUGGUGAAAGCAGUGAAGAGGAAGCACCGGAGGGCCUGUGUGCUCUUCAUAGAUGGCACCACAAAUGAGAAGAAAAAAGGUUUCUCAGUGUCUCUGAAGAGCCUGAAGCACUUUGAUUGUGAGGAGAAGCAGGAGCUCAUUGAACGAGCCAAGGAGAACUAUUCCAAGGAAAUCGAGUGGUGCCUGCAGCUGAUCCUGGACUAUCGGAUCCGAGUGGGUUGCCAUUCCUUCACCGGCUCCUUCCUGGAGUAUUUUGCUGCUGAUAUCAGCUACCCAGUGAGGAAAGAGGGCUACCAGAGCGUGGUGCAGAUGGCUUUCCCAAACACAGAGGAGGCAGGGGCUGGAGAAUCCUCCUCAGACACCUCCCCACAGAAACCCCCCAGGAAGCUCCUCCCUGACAGGACCAGAGCUGCCAGGGACAGGGAGAACAAGAAGCUGGUGGAGUUCAUCGUGAAGACCAAAGGGGCUGAGGAACAUCUCCUGGGCAUCUUGAAAAGCGGGAAGGAAUCGCGCUGGCUGAAGAAAUUCCUGAGUUCCAGCCGCUACAUGACCUGUGUGGAGACUUACCUGGAGGACGAGGAGCAGCUGGACCUGGUGGUGGGGUACCUGAAGGAGGUGUACAGGGAGAUGGACACCAAAAACCUGCACCAGAUCCUGGGGGAUGGCAUCAGGUUCAUCUCAGACGUGCUUCUACCUGAGGCCAUCAUCUGUGCCAUUGCUGCUGUGGAUGACAUCGAUUAUGAGAAGGCAGAAGAGAAGUACAUUAAAGGACCACCUGUGAGCAAAAGAGAGAGAGAAUUAUUUGAUGAGCAAGUGCUGGGAAACAAAAAGCUCAAGACGGAGCCGGAGCCUGCGGAGAGCUGAGGAGUGCCCUGGGCUGCCCUGGGGCCAGCUGUAAAUAACCACUGGUGAUUUGUAUAAAACGUGGCAUUCUUUGUAAAGUCUGUGCGUGUAUUCCCAGAUAUUUCUGCUCUCAGCCUUUGCUGCUUCCCGUGGCCUCGGUCAGGAUCUGCCUGAUCCUCACCCAUCAGUGCCCUCCUGGGGGGCUGCCAGAGCCCCCCAGUGCUGUGCAGAGCUGCUGCUGCUUCCACGUGGGUUCUUUUAGCCAAACACCCAGCCUGGAAAGGGAUCUUGUCCUGCUUUGUGACCUCGUUGCUCCUGAUAAAACCGGGGGGUUCCAGGCAGGAAAUGUUCCCAGGGGUUUCCCCUCCUGCCUCGUGGAUCUCCAAAGGUGGAAAAUCAGAUUGUGUGAGCUGAAACACAAAGAUCUGGGGGUUUUGGUUUGUUGUGACAAAUAAAAUUCCACAGAGAAGCAAGCCAGGUUUGCUUAAACAAAAACAUUCCCUUUUCCUCUAACACUGAACCAGUGCAAUGCUGGUUUAUUGCCUCUUCUGAGGCCAUGAAUCUUGGGAGGAUUUAAUUGUCUUUUUCUCAUCUAAAUUCCCAAUUUAAUCCUGCCCACCUUUGCUGGAGCUGUGGCACAUGGAAGCAGUGUCACCAAGAACUAAUUAAUGAUGAAUAAUGAUAAAUGAUACAUAAACCCCCCUGAUUAGGGUUUCUCUGUGAUAAUGAAAAGUGAUCUCCUUGCUUGUCCAGUAAAACCCAAGAUGAUUUGAAAUGAAGAAGUCGAAAUUGGGAUCCAGAUGUCUAUCCUGGCUGUAGUAAUUAUCUGAAUACAUUUUAAUUACACUUUUAAUUGCUCUGUGCUCUCUAAUGAGUUUUCCCACGGAAUCCCCAUUCCCGUUAUCUCAAGUACCUCAAUUAUAGGGACAGGCCAGGAAGUGAAGGUUUUAUUAAAACCUGUGAGGAGGGAGAAUGAAUUUUGUGGGAUAAGAUAAAAAAUUAACGAUGGAGUUCACUCAGAGCUGUGAGUGGCACUUUGAUGAGGGCUUGGGGAGAGACUCCUGCCCCUCAUCCCAGUGCUCUGGGAUAGUUUGGAGAUGGGGAUCAACUUUUCCCUCCUUUACAUCAACCCUGUGUUCCCUUCUCCACCAAAACUCCUCAAGUGCUGCUGAGAUGCUGCCCCACACCGUGCACAGAGGCAGAACCACCUCAGCUUUGGCAUCCUGGGAUGGUUUUGGGGGUGGAAAGGACCCUAAAACCCAUCAGGGACAGCUCCCACUGUCCCUGGGUGCUCCAGGCCCCUCCAGCCUGGCCUUGGACACCUCCAGGGACGAUCCUGACCUUGUCCCAGCCCCUUCCAGUGCUGCCCCGCCGGUCACGGCACCAGCUCAGCCUCACCAUGUACAAAUCAUGUGGAUUUAAUAAAGUGGGAUGGUGUGAAUCAUCAAAAGACGCUGCUUCUGUUGAAUUAUUUUAAUCUGUGGUGGGUGGUGUGCUUCCACCUCGGUUUUACGGCAGGUGAAGGUUGUUUUUGUACAUCAGAUAAAGCUCUAAUAUCCUGUCUCUGUCUCAGUUUCACAUUAUUAAUCACGGGGAAAUAAACUC